AAAACUGGAACGUAAGUAGUAAUCCAAUAUGGCGGCAAGGGAUGCGCUAAUUUUCGUGAGAAGUGAAAUGACUGGUGAUCAAUGAUUUUUUGGAAGAUGUCGUCGUUGAAGUUUCUCUCUAACUGUCGAUAUAUCGCGUCACCAUUUACGAAUGUACAAGAUCUUUCCUGGAGGCUGCUUAUGAGGAAAUUCGGUGUACAUCUGUGCUUUACGAAUGCUGUGAAAGCGUUGGACGUAAUACAAGAUGCUGAAAAUACACGAGACAAUUUACUUGGUAUUUCAGCGUUGAGGCAGGAGGAUCGACCAUUGAUUGUUCAGUUGUUUUCAGAAGAACCUGAAAUUUUAGUAAAGGCAGUGAAUGGAUUGGAGGGCCUUUGUGAUGCUGUCGACAUCAGUAACAACUUUACCACUGACGGUUUGAGUGACCUCCCCGGUGACAAACAGCAUGACAAGUGGAGCUCGUGGUUGAGUUGUAUUCAGAGAGUUCACCAAGAGUGUAAAAUGCCUAUUAUGUGCAAGCUCCCUUUUAAUUGGCAAACAACUGACGAAGCAGUUGAGAGGGGUAAAUCACUCCAUAAGGUUGGAUGUGAGCUUUUACUACUCCACAAACACAGUGCAGAGAAGAUUAAUGCCAGUAUUUCUAAGAAGGAUUGGGAUUCAGUCAAAGUAAUCCGAGAGUCUGUUUCCCUUCCAAUAAUUGUUGAUGUUGGAUUAUCCUCUAAAUGGGAGGUCGAUGAAUGUAUAGAGUACACAGGAGUUCAGGGUGUGACUGCCUCAGAGUCUUUGGAAGGUAACCCAUCACUUUUCUGUAAGAAACAGCCUCCAGUGUUAGAUGUGGUCAGGCAGUACUUGGAACUUUGCAAAGUCCAUCCUACAUCCAUUUCCAACAUCAAACAUCAUAUCAAUGGAUUUUGUGGAUUUUAUCUCAGCAGGUUUCAUGAUUUGAGCACCAGCCUUAAAGAGGUACAGAGCUUAGAGGGCAUUGAACAGCUGAUGGAGGAAUUAGGAGAAAAUAUUUCUAAGCUUUCUGGAAAAGAAUUAAAGUCUCUGACAAGCCUGAGAAGGAAGAAGGAGUGGAGAAAGCGAGGACGAGACAGAAAGAAGGAAGAGGGGACAAAAGUUGUAAAAGAGAGAGACGAAAAUCACAUCCCAAAAAUUGUAUUAAAGAAACUUCAGAAAGAGCGAGUGGGAAACGCAAUGAAGUCUGAUGCUCAGAGAGUGGCCAUUGAUUUUACCGUAAUAGACUGUAUGCUUAAUAAGGAAAUAUCCAAACUCGCUGGUCAAUUAAUGCGACUGUAUGGUUGCAAUAUGAAGUCGACGUCUCCAGUUCACCUUUACCUGACGGGACUGGAAACCGGCGGUGUAGUGUACCGUGAAUGUGAAAGACAGUCGUUCGACUUCACUAAGAUAUUGGCGAGCGUGUCAGAGAAAAGCUAUUUGACUUUGUUUGACGCUGACGAUGUCGUUUAUUUGACACCAGACUCACCAAAUGGUAAGAAUCUUUAA